GCUCUUCGCGAUUACUCAGUCGCCUAGAAUUUUAUUUUAUAUUUUAUACAGCACUGGGUGUUUUUUCAUCUUCUUCCUUUUUAUGUCUGCACUCAUAACUAUUACUUAAUAUUUAUUACGCGAUUUAAUUACGACGAACAUGUACUUUGAACAAACAUUUCAAGUCAUAAAAUGGAUCAAAGGUCAAAGUUCCUCAGACGUUUCCUGCCACCUCACUAUGACGGACACAACGAAUUGUUAUCAGAUAAAACUCACAGACACUCAGACAAAAGUCAAGCAGACAAUCCAGGCAAAAGAAAAAGUGCUGCAGAAGAUGAACAUAGACAUCGCCUCCCAUUCAGAUUCUGCAAAGAAGGCAGUGGAAAACAGUAAGAAAGUCUUCAGUGAAUUAGUCAAAUUUAUUGAAAAAAAAAGCAAUGAGGUGAUUGAAGAAAUAAAAGCUGAAGAAAAAGCUGAUCUGGAUCAAGGCACAAAGCUACAAAAGAAGCUGCAGGAGGAAAUUACUGAGCUGAAGAAGAGGGAAGGAGUUCUUGACGAUCUUCUACAGACAGACAACAACAUCCAAUUUCUUCAGAAUUGUGAGUCCGCGUCCUCUGCAUCUGGAUCUGAUGAGUUGCAGAGUUUCUCAUUUCAGCCAUACUGCUCUUUUGAGGACAUAAGAAAACUUAUAUGUGAGCUUGUUGGGAGACUGGAGACUACUUGCAUGCAGGAAAUAAGCAAAACAGUUAAUAAAGUUUCAGAUUUGUCAGCAAAGAGGCCUCCAUUUGACAUUGUAGUUGGAGACCGAGUCCAUGUGAAGCCGUCUGUUGUUACUCCAACACACAAAUGGGGAUCGGUUACUCACUUUAGCAUUGGUGUUGUUAAAAAAAUUCAGGAUGAUUUGUUGACUGUAGAUUUCCCCGAACAAAGAAACUGGACUGGUGUAGUUUCAGAAAUGGAGCAUGUGACCAGUGCUGGUUCAGAUUUGUCAACCAAAAACGAUCCAUUCAACAUCAAGGUCGGAGACAAAGUCAGAGUGAAAUCUUCGGUUACUACCCCAAAACAUAACUGGGGUAGAAACAUCACUCAUAAGAGUGUGGGAGUGGUAAAAGACAUUAAAAGUGAUGACAGUGUGGUUGUUGACUUUCCUGGACAUGCAAACUGGAAAGGAAUUCUAACUGAAAUGGAGCAAGCAACUAAUGAUGAUGAGAUUGGACCUUCAAGUCUGGACUCCAAUAUUAAGAUCGGAGACAAAGUUCGUGUGAAGCCGUCUGUUGUUACUCCAACACACAAAUGGGGAUCAAUCACUCUCAAAAGCAUUGGUGUUGUUAAAAAAAUUCAGGGUGAGUCUUUGACUGUAGAUUUCCCGGAGCAAAAAAACUGGACUGGUAUUGUUUCAGAAAUGGAGAUUGUGGCCAGCACUGGUCCAGGUCUGGAGUCCGUUAUUAAGAUUGGAGACCAAGUUCGUGUGAAGCCAUCUGUUGUUACACCAACACACAAAUGGGGAGCAGUCACUCACAAAAGCAUUGGUGUUGUUAAAAAUAUUCAGGAUGAGUCUUUGAUUGUAGAUUUUCCUGAGCAUAAGAAAUGGACUGGUUUAGUUUCCGAAAUGGAGCUUGUGACCAUUGGUGAUUUAGUUGACAUCAAGGUUGGAGACAGAGUCAGAGUGAAAUCUUCCAUAACUACUCCAAAACACAACUGGGGUGGACAAGUCACACACAAGAGUGUUGGUGUGGUAAAAGAUAUCAAAUCUGAGGAUGUGAUCGUGGAUUUUCAAAAACACAAAGGCUGGAAAGGUAUUCUUUCCGAGAUGGAGUUGGUAAACGACUCAGACACUGACAUUUCUAGAUCCCCCUAGAUCGUGAAGAUGUGACUGUGGAUGUCUCUGCUCACCAUUUGCUUUUUUGAAUGAGUUUUCACUGAAACAUGCCAAUGUCUUUAUUUGUAAGUUUAUAGUCAUGUAAACAUGAAAAAUUUACCCUUUUUGUAUUUCAGUCUUACGGUUUUCAUACUGGUGUCCUUCACAGCACGGGAGAGAUAUUAUAUUAGACAGAAGUUUAUGUUAAUGGUUCUUUUCAUUCAGGUGUUUCAAAAUAAUUUGCAUUUUUUGUCUUCAAUUUGACUCGUAUGAUUGCAUCAUAAUUUAUUAGCUACAGCAUGGGUGCUGCAGUUAGAAAGAGUCUUUCUACAGAUAUAGACUGAUUUUUAACAACUGAAAUCUGUUUUAGCUCUGGGAAUGAGCACAUACACUGAAUUAUGUCUGUUCAAUCUCACUUUAAUAAUAAAUCUAAAAUAAUUAAUUCUAAUUUUAAAAAUAAUAAAUUGAAAAUGUCCUGUCAAAAAUACAAUCCAAACAAAUGGAACAACUUUUUUUCUUUUUUGUCUUUUGAGUGAAUUAAAUAAACUGCACUGAUAUUCAACCAUUGUGGCUAAAGCUUAUAGGCAUGUGUAUACAUAUUGGUCUACAAGUAUCUGUGGCUCUUGUUUUGUAUAUUUCUUCCUAGCUGAGUUUGUUUCAAUUAAAGAAUCAUGAUGACAAGCUAAUUAUUU